AUGUUCGAAUUCUACCCGACUGAACGUCAAUUCAGAGUCAUGCACGAAGAUACGACCACUGAUUGGAAAAGAAUAUCUGCCGGUAUACCACAGAGAAGUGUCCUUGGACCAAUCUCAUACUUACUCUAUAUAACUGACAUUCCAUCCAACAACUAUUCAAUGACAGCCAUGUUUGCCUUUGACACGGCAAUAAUGACAACUGAUGAAGAUCAUCAAACUGCGACUGGUUGGCUUCAAUCAACCUCAUUUCAAACUGGACAGUGA